CGCCGGGGCGGUUGAGGUCGGUCGGUCGGUCGGGUUGGGCGGAGGCGGCAAUGGCGGGACAGGGCGAUCCCGUGCAGAGGGAGAUCCACCAGGACUGGGCCAACAGGGAGUACAUCGAGGUCAUCACCAGCAGCAUCAAGAAGAUCGCUGAUUUCCUGAACUCUUUCGACAUGUCGUGUCGUUCGAGGCUAGCCACGCUGAAUGAGAAACUCACCUCACUAGAGCGAAGGAUUGAGUACAUUGAAGCCAGGGUAACUAAAGGCGAGACACUGACCUAAAGGAAACCCUAGUGCAGGAAACUCUUGGAGUGUGGACCCAGUGUAAUCAUGCCAGUGCUGUACGGAUACUUCAUGUGUCUAGCCAUUGAACUCUGUUUCUCUCUAUCUAACACUUGAUGCAUUCAAAGCUUUCACAAGGAGAGUCCGACUGAUUCAGCCAUGUGCCCCACACUGCACCGUCUCCCGGCCUUUGUCAAGAGAGAGACUUGGAUUGAAUGACGACCUUGUUGGAAAAAUUGUGCCAACUCUUGUGUGUGGUGUGCUGAUUUCCCCCAAUAAUUUACAAACUCUAUUCCUAACUCUUUAUGUGUCACAAAGUGCGUUCUGGCCUUCUGUUUUACAUCUAAUAAAUAUCUAAGCCUUUUUCACGUUGGUGAGCCCCAAUCUCUAGCUCUUCAGCUGAUCCUGGGAAGAAGAGCAACUUUUCCCCCCAAAUCUUUGCAUAGUAACAAAUGUAAAAAGUGAGCCUUGCAAGUAAAAUGUCGACUCUCCCAGUGUGCUGGAACAUAUUGAAAAUUAAAAAAAAUUGAAUGUUGUGUUUCUGUGUACAUUCAAAUAAAUACAACGUACCUUUU